UCAUAUGUGACGGGUGCUAGACGUGUGCAACAAGCAGUUGUGAAUGAACGAUCGUUAAAAGAAAUGCAUAUUUCGUGAUAAAUAUAAAGUGCGGUGGAAUAUAUUGCGCUUGAUGGCGUUGAAGUACUAGAUGUUGUAUUUAUACUUUUUUACGUUUACCAAUAUAUUUCAAGUUGUAUAAUUGUUCAUUGUGAUUUAAGAUUAUGAGUUACGAUUUUAACCUUUAAUGACAGACGUACAAUCGUAGCUAUUUUAGAUAAUACAAGAAAUAUCAGCAUGCAGACAAUAAAAUGUGUUGUGGUAGGGGAUGGAGCUGUGGGUAAAACUUGUCUUUUGAUAUCAUAUACAACCAAUAAAUUUCCAUCCGAAUAUGUACCUACUGUUUUUGACAAUUAUGCAGUGACAGUAAUGAUCGGUGGUGAUCCAUAUACAUUGGGAUUGUUUGAUACUGCUGGCCAGGAGGAUUAUGAUAGACUUAGGCCUCUGAGUUAUCCACAAACAGAUGUAUUUCUUGUUUGUUUUUCAGUAGUGUCACCAUCAUCAUUUGAAAAUGUUAAAGAGAAGUGGGUACCUGAGAUAACGCAUCACUGUCCAAGAACUCCGUUUUUGUUGGUUGGUACUCAAAUUGAUCUGAGAGAUGACGUUGCUACUAUCGAAAAAUUGGCAAAAAAUAAGCAAAAACCGAUAUCAGCAGAGCAAGGAGAAAAACUUGCCAAGGAAUUAAAAGCGGUAAAAUACGUAGAAUGUAGUGCUCUUACGCAAAAAGGUUUGAAAAAUGUAUUUGAUGAAGCUAUUUUAGCUGCAUUGGAACCUCCAGAACCAGUAAAGAAGAGGAAGUGUACACUCUUGUAAAAAGAGUAACAGUUUUAAAAGGAAUGUGUAUUCAGAAGUGAAACAAAGUUACACGUAAUAAUAACGAGCGGCAAAUCUCAUGCGUAGUAUAAAGCACUGUUAGAAAAUCCACGACCGUGCGUAUAUGGUUCCUUUUGAAAAAAAAAUAUUAAUCUUUUGAAAUUAAGCAACAGCCGCUAAUAUUACAACGCGACAAUUUCGAUCCAGUUUUUUCACCAGUAUCAUAUCAUAAUGUCGGCCGCAUUCCAUGCAACGUGAAAUAUUGACUAAAAACUUGAUUAGUUUCAUGGGAUUUAUCAAUUUUAUCUAAAAGCUAAUAUAUUUCGUAAUGUAUAUUGUACGAAUAUUUUUUGGUUACUCAAGUUUUACCUUGAAAACUAAUUAUGUUGUUUAAAAUUGCUUUGAUAUUUUUAUUAGAAUAAUUGGUGCUAUUGAUUAUUAUUUUUCGCGUUUUAUUCAUUUAUCGAUAAGACGAGUAAUAACAUAGAAUAAAUCAUUUUCUGGAAUAUAUAAAGAAUCGGAAGGAUUUUGAAAAAAAUAAAACGAAGCAUUAGUUUUCAGUAUACAGAAUGAAAUUACACGUUUGUAGUGAGAUCUAAGUCAGAGAUUUCGCAAUGAAUGUAUAAACGUACAAUAUAUCAAAGCUAUAUAUGUAUAUUAUUUAGACACCUCUGAUCGCAUGUGACGACAGACAUGGAAAUAUUAUUUUUCUUUGACAUAUUCAUUUUUGGUACAUUUUCGAAAUUGAGCAGCUAAAUCACGCAAAUUGUUUUUAUAGUAGCGAAUUUGGUUUGGCAAAACUUUCUACAUCUAAUUUUGUACAUAUCAGCGUUACAGAUGCACACUGAUACGAUGUAUUAAAACGACGAACAAGAGGUUAGUAAUAACAGGCAUUUAUAUUUUAUAAGAUUUCAGUGAAUAAAUUUGCUAGUAAUAUUGGCUGCACUAUAUCAAACGCGGUAUGAAAUUCUUGUAAAAAAUAGUUAUACAUGUAUACAUAUAACUUUUCAUGAAAAUACAUACAUGUACGAUUGUAUGGACGAAGGUCAUAGCUGGUCGAAAGCAUUGAGCUUAUUUCCCAGUAAAAUUGCGUGUUUACGUAUUAUUUAUUUCAACGAAUAUUAUAUUAUUUGAUAAAUAAAAAAUCAAUGCCUAUUGUU